AUGAGCUCUCUUCUUGCUAAUCGUCGCAAGGCUCGCAAGGUUGGUACAGAUGAAGACGAUGAUGCGCAAAAUGGCAGUGAACAAGAGCAAGUCGUCCGCAGACCGAACACGAAACCGAAACAAAAAUCAAAAUUGCGCCUCUCAUUUGGACCCGGGGGCACUUCUAUGGCCGAUGCUGAGGAGACAACUGAAGGCGAAGUCAUCACACCCAAAAGGCUUGGAGCUAGGAAACACAUAAAGGAGCAAAAUGGAUUACAGCGGACCUGGGCACCAUCAGGGUCGUCGGAAAACAUACCUCUUCGUGUUGGCCAAGAAGAAGAUCGCCCGACUUACAAUAAAGAAUACCUGAGGGAACUCCGUAAUUCUACCCCAUCCACCCCGAAGCAGACGGUGUCGAUGCCCUCGAGUGAGGACGAAAGAGAAAAACAGUUAGAUAUAUCUGCGAAGUUUGGAGAGACUGUGCAGGUGUCAAAACCAUCCGUCAUCCCCACUGAUGCUGAGAUACGCGAGAAGAAGGAAAGGCGUGCCCGCCUUGCCAUGGAACAGGGUCACGGUCACGAAGAGGAUUUCAUCUCUUUGGACGAUGCGGGUGACGAUGACUGGUCAUUGUCACGGAAGGCGGAAAAAGUAGAAACGAGGCUUGUUAGGGAUGACGAAGAUUUCGCGGAGGGUUUUGAUGAAUAUGUGGAAGAUGGGAAAAUUGCUAUAGGCAGGAAAGCAGAGCGUGAACAACAAAGGCGAGAGCGGGCAGAGAUGAAGGAGCUGAUUGAUGAGGCCCAAGAGUCUUCCGAGGCGGACGACUCUGAAGCAGAACGCAAAGCAGCCUAUGAAGCUUCUCAAACUCGCGCGGGAAUGGACGGUCUGCGACGCACUCACGAAAGCCUUCCUGCCCGACCGAAAACGCCACCUAAAAUAACACCUCUUCCCCGCCUCGCAGACAACUUGGCCCGUCUCAGGACUUCCCUCAAUGCAAUGGAAAACUCAAAAGCGCAACUUGUCCUGAGGAUGGAGGAGCUUCGAAUAGAGAAAGCCGAAAUAUCGGCGAGAGAGUCGGAGAUCCAAACGUUGCUGAAGGAAGCUGGGGAAAAUUACAAGAGGCUCAGAGCAGAAGCAGGGCUCAAUCCGGGUGACAAGAUGUUGGCAUCAGGGACUGAUGUCCACGGAGACCGUGGACUGGAAAACCUAGGAGGACGCUCCGAACUACCAUCUGAGGACGGAGUUUCUGGCUGA